AUGCCGGUGGAAACCGUGCCGGCGCCGGCAACGACGAAGAUUCAGAAGCUGCCGUUCCGUUUGCCAAGGACAAUGGCGGCCGGGGGAGACGCCGAGCCUGCGCAAGCGGCGCCGGCCAGGGACUGGUCGGAGCUGCCCCUCGACGCCAUCGCGUCGGUCUUCGCCAGGCUCGACCCCGUCGAGAUCCUCAUGGGCGCGGGACUCGUGUGCCGCUCGUGGCUCCACGCGGCCGCGGCCGAGGAGCCUUCCCUGUGGAGGCACCUCGACAUGGCGAGCAGCCACAAUGCCGCCGUCAAGGAGAAGUCCAGGUACAGCUAUGCGGAUGUCCUGCGUGCCAUGGCGAAGAAGGCCGUGGACCGCUCCGCCGGCCAGCUGGAGGUGUUCAUCGGCGAGGCGUUUGUUGAUGAUGACCUGCUCAAGUACAUUGGGGGCAGAUAG